UCGGUCGGAGAACGCAUGGGGUCGCGAGUCUGCCGGGCGCCGCCCUCUGCCUGCUGGCCACGCCUUUUCAGGUCUCGGAUUUCCUUCGUGGACGCUGUUUCCAUGACAACGUUGCGAGCGUCCGGCCCCCCGUACGCCGGUGGCGGAGCAGAGCGGCGCUCGCGCCGCCAGACGAGUCGGAGCGGCCCCGGCGUGCACACGGGCCGCGCAGUGAUCACCGCAGCCAGCCUUCCGUCCAGCCGUGCAGCCAGCGAGCCGAUGAUCGUGAUGUCAGACCCCACGGGCCUGAUGGGGCCGCACUCGCCGAGCCCAAUGUUGCCCUCGUUCGGCUUCACGCAGGAGCAGGUGGCGUGCGUGUGCGAGGUGCUGCAGCAGUCCGGGAACAUCGAGCGCCUCGGACGAUUCCUCUGGUCGCUGCCGGCGUGCGAAAAGCUGCACAAGAACGAGAGCGUGCUCAAGGCCAAGGCAAUCGUUGCCUUCCACCGCGGCAACUUCAAGGAGUUGUACAAGUUGCUCGAGAGCCACACAUUCUCGCCGCACAACCACCCCAAGCUGCAGGCCCUGUGGCUCAAAGCGCACUAUAUCGAGGCCGAGAAGCUGCGCGGACGGCCACUCGGUGCCGUCGGCAAGUACAGGGUGCGACGCAAGUUCCCGCUGCCCAGGACCAUCUGGGACGGUGAGGAGACCAGCUACUGCUUCAAGGAGAAGUCGAGGUCGGUGCUGCGGGACUGGUACGCGCACAACCCCUACCCUUCGCCCAGGGAGAAGCGCGAGCUAGCUGAGGCCACCGGCCUCACCACCACGCAGGUCAGCAACUGGUUCAAGAACAGGCGCCAACGCGAUAGGGCCGCCGAACAGAAGGACAGCAGUGGCCGUGGUUCAGCAGCUGACGGCGAGAAGGGUCACAGUUCAGCGGCGGCCAGUGCAGCUUUGGACUCAAGUUCAGAUUCAAUCGACGCUUCAGACCACAAAUCCGUCCUAGACUCGAGCUCUGGACCCCAGUCAGUUGGCAGCGUCCUUGGUCCUUUGACCUCAAGGACGCCCACGUCCGUCGAUUCAAGACACAAGCUUGACGAAUUCUGCUACACAAGGGGACUAAUGGAGGCGUCCAGCGGGCACCACACCGAGCUGACCGGCUACCCUGAGGUGAAGCCGAGCGUGGCCAGUCUACAGGCGACGGUGAUGUCGAAUGCGGCGGUGGCCGCGGCCGCAUACCAGUCACAGCUGAUGGCCCGCGGAGCGACGGCGGCCGGAGCGGCGGCCGGCGCCGAGGGAGCGACCAGCGCCGGCCUCCUGGGGGCGGCGCACCACGGCGACGUGACCCUGCUGCAGGACUACCACACCUUAUGACAGUGGGCGGCCGGCUACGGGUACGGCCAGUGAAGUGGAUGCUCGCCUGCGGCCCCCGCGGCCCGUCUCAGCAAGCGCGGGGGCCGCCCCCGGGGGCGGGCCUCUAUCAGGACUCCCACCUGUUGGAGUUUUAAGUUAUUGCAGACGACGUUGCUGCGAGAGUUUUAGACAAGCGUGUGAUGAUCUUUUAUAAACUCUCUCCGAGCUGACGACCAUCUUCAGGGAGGCCCUUUUCCGCUACAGUGGCGCCGUUUUGGAAGAGCGUGGACACUGGAUAUGUGCACUUUUCUCUUCUUUUACUUUGUGAUAUGUUGGUGAAUUUUACUCAAGAGCAGAGCGGUGGAAACUUGAUCUGUUCGAUGGAUUUUUUUAUUUCUGCGAUUUCUGCCAAAGUGUGUUGAAAAUAGUUUUGAUGUCUUUCUUUUGUUUUCCGAGCUCAUAAAAGUUUAUAGUUGUUGGAGGAAAUUUGAAAAAUUUCUUCAGACCUUGUUAUUUAUAUUCUUCAUUUUGCACAAAAUCUGCUAAAAAGACACAAAAAUUCCUUACAUAUUUUUUUUUAUCAAUUUUUAAAGUCAAUUUUAAAUUAACCUGAUACCACUGCUCUGCCGAAAAAGCCGAAACAUUAUUUUAAUGGCCUGGAAUAAAUAACGAGAGAGAACAUGAAGUGUGUGCUCCUCUCUGAUAAAUAAUCACGACUCUGUAUACGAGACAAGUAAAACUUUCGAGCCCUAUUUCCUAUUGUACGAUGUUAAGUAGAAGGUUCAACUCCCUCAAACACACAAUUUCAAAGAUUUUAAUCGCAAAAGUAUGCAAGACAUUUAAGAGCUCAAAUUUUAAUCUUCGUCGAUAAAUACACGCGCACUGCAUCCACAGUCCCACCAAAUAUUAAUCAUUUCUCUACUAAAUGAUAUUAAUCAAUUCGCACAAUGAGAUUGAAAACACUUAUUACCAAUCAAAGGAGUAUUAAUUGCUCUCUCGAUAAAUUUUAAGCUUUCACGACCAAAUAUUGAGUGGUUAAUUAGUUAACUGUCCUCUUAUGCGUCAGGAAUUCAAUCAGCGUGACAUAGUUCAUGCUUACUUGUGUCUGUCGCGGAAAAAUAUCACAUGACUCAUUUCUGGACGUCCUUGGGAAGAAUCAAGAAUGUCGCAUAAAACUAUGCUUAUUGCUUUUGACUUUGAACGACUUUUCUCCGCUUGAAAAAUCGCUAGUUCUCUGUUUAUGUAGUUUUUUUUUAAUGGAUUGCUGAAUAGCGCAUAGAAAAUCCUCAGAUGUCGAGAUUUUGUUGAUCGUUGGAAUAAAAUUUACAUUUAUAUAUGCGUACUUUUGUCUACUGUUGUUGAAUCGAUUUAAUGGCACAUGCGUCGAACUCUCUACCCUUAGGUAAAAUGACUAUAUAGACCUGUAGCUGUACACUGGCAAAAAUACGGCACUCUGUCCUCUUGUAAAAUAGCUGAAAAAUUAAUUUAUUCUUCUCUAUAUAUACAUGUGCUACUCUGAAACAUCAAAAAACAAUAAAAUUAGAGUAAAUGAAAGACAAA